AUGUCUCAAAUCGAUGCACAGCUCAAGGACGUUGCCAUCCUCGGCAACGUGAGCAACGAAGCUCGCAAGAUCCUCACAAAGGAGGCUUGCGCUUUCCUCGCCAUCCUACAUCGCACAUUCAACCCUACCCGCAAAGCUCUGCUGCAGCGCCGCAUUGACCGCCAGGCCGAGAUUGACAAGGGCCAUCUCCCCGACUUCCUCCCAGAGACCAAGCACAUCCGUGAUGACCCCUCAUGGAAGGGUGCUCCCCCAGCGCCUGGUCUGGUCGACCGCCGCGUCGAGAUUACUGGUCCUACCGAUCGGAAGAUGGUUGUCAAUGCUUUGAACUCGGAUGUGUGGACCUACAUGGCUGAUUUCGAGGACUCUAGCGCCCCAACCUGGGAGAACAUGAUUAAUGGCCAGAUCAACUUGUACGAUGCUAUCCGUCGCCAGGUCGACUUCAAGCAGGGCAACAAGGAGUACAAGCUCCGCACAGACCGUGUGCUCCCGACCCUGAUUGCUCGCGCUCGUGGCUGGCACCUCGAGGAGAAGCACUUCACCGUUAACGGCGAGGCCAUCUCCGGCAGUCUGUUCGACUUUGGUCUGUACUUCUUCCACAACGCCAAGGAGUUGGUGGCCCGCGGGUUCGGCCCUUACUUCUACCUUCCCAAGAUGGAGUCCCACCUCGAGGCAAGACUCUGGAACGACGCCUUCAACCUUGCUCAGGACUACGUUGGCCUGCCCCGCGGCACCAUCCGUGGUACCGUGCUGAUUGAGACCAUCACCGCCGCUUUUGAGAUGGAAGAGAUCAUCUACGAACUCCGCGACCACAGCUCCGGUCUUAACUGCGGCCGUUGGGAUUACAUCUUCUCCUUCAUCAAGAAGUUCCGCCAGCACCCCAACUUCGUCCUCCCCGACCGCUCCGACGUCACCAUGACCGUUCCCUUCAUGGACGCCUACGUCAAGCUCUUGAUUAAGACCUGCCACAAGCGUGGUGUCCACGCCAUGGGUGGAAUGGCCGCCCAGAUUCCCAUUAAAGACAACGCCGAGGCCAACGAGAAGGCCAUGGAGAACGUUCGCGCUGACAAGCUCCGCGAGGUCCGUGCAGGCCACGACGGUACAUGGGUGGCCCACCCCACCCUCGCAGCCAUCGCGUCCGACAUCUUCAACAAGUACAUGCCCACCCCUAACCAGAUGCACAUCCGCCGCGAGGAUGUCCACGUUACUGCCAACGACCUCCUUAACACCAACGUCCCCGGCAAGAUCACCGAGGACGGCAUCCGCAAGAACCUGAACAUUGGUCUUUCCUACAUGGAGGGCUGGCUCCGUGGUGUCGGCUGCAUUCCCAUCAACUACCUCAUGGAGGACGCCGCCACCGCCGAAGUCUCCCGCAGCCAGCUCUGGCAAUGGGUCCGCCACGGCGUGACCACAUCCGAGGGCAAGAAGGUCGACAAGGCCUACGCUCUCCGCCUCCUCCAGGAGCAGGCCGACACCCUAGCCUCCAAAGGCCCCAAGGGCAACAAGUUCCAGCUCGCAGCCCGCUACUUUGCUGGCCAGGUGACUGGAGAAGACUACGCCGAUUUCCUGACGAGUCUGCUGUACAAUGAGAUUUCGACUCCGGGGGCUGCGUCGAAACUCUAA